CUCCGUAUUUGUAAAGGAGAGAGAGAACGGACAAUGAAGAUAAAGAAAUCGAUAACUCCUAUACAACAAGACACUGCAUAGUGCAUACGCCAUCAACGUCAUUGGUAUGGAGACGCCUGUCACCUUCUCACUGCAUUCAACCAUUCCCUCUUCCCUCCUCUCAACGCGUGUCUUCUCUUUUCGCAACCUAAUCAACUCUCACUUUCUCCAAAACCCCAUAUGCUCAUUUUUCCUUUCACCAACUCACACUUCUCUAUCUGCAUUCUUCGUAAUCGCAGCACGCUUACGAAUCAACGUUACUCAGGUUUGGGAAAAGAAUAACCGGGUAAUCGUUUCUUAUAGCAUGGAAGAUCAAGAUCCAGAUCCAGAGUCGGAAUGGGCAAUCCAAGAGUAUUCACCUUCAAAAGAAGGCGAAACCACCAUGGUGAAAUGGAUUUUGAACAAGGGAUACAGUAUUGGAAAGAAGAUGGUCGUUACUGGUAUUGUCAUGUCAUCUGCACCUCUCGUUCUUCCUCCACUCUUAGUUUUCUCUGCUAUGGGGGUUGCCUUUUCUGUCCCUUUUGGGCUUGUAUAUGCGAGCUAUGCCUGUACCAAUACGCUCAUGAACAAGUUAUUCCCCGCCCCAGCAUCAGCAUCCCCCCUUUUGCUGGAGUAUUAUCCAGAUGAAGAUGAAGAUGAAGAAGAAGUUGACUCCAAGUUCGACUUACAUGAGGGCGGUGAUGAUUAUACCAAUGAAAAUGAAGAAGGCGAGCUCAGAAAAGAAAAUGUGACACAGGAGGAGGAAGAAGCACGAAUCUGGGAAACAGAAGAAGGGACUGAAAGCCCCAAUGGUUGUGAACAAGAAGUGGAAGCUUUAGCAACAAAUGAAGAUGGAGAUGUGGAUGAAAAAGGUUAUUAUACCGAUGAUGAAGAAAAAGGGGAAGAUGGACCUGAAAAUGUGGUGCAAGUGGAAUACCAUGAUCUAAUGGAGGAGAAUGAAGAUGAAAAAGAAAGGGAAGAUGAAGAUGAUGUGCUACAAAGAGAAUAUGAUAUUGAAGUGGAGGAAAGAGAGCAAAUGGAGGAUAUAAAUGAAGGAAUAGAGAUGGCUGAUGAUGAGCAUAAGCAGACACAGGAGGUGUCGACCACAAACUCCAGUGGUGAGGAUGCGCAAGGGUAUGAAGAAGAUGAUGGAGAGUAUCUGGAAGGAACAGAUGAUAGUUUACAGGAAGAAAGAAACAAGGAGGAAGUAAACAAAGAUGAAACGGAAGAGAUAGUGAAGGGAAGUACUGGAUUGUUAGAAAAAUUAAGAGAUGAGGGGAAAAUCGAUGGACAUGAAAGUAGUGCUUCUUCGAAUGAAGUUUUUGAAGAAAACAAGGAUGAUGUUGAGAUGAUAGAACCUCAACCGGUUAUAGUCAAAGAGAUUGUAAAGGAUGGAAGUAAGAAUGAGGAGAUGCAUAGAGUUGUGAUUUUGGCUGAAGGAAAUGAGGAAAAUAAUUUCAAUUCAAGAGAAGUUGAAGAAUUAGAUCUGGUGGCAAGAGAAGUGGUUGGAGAUACCAGAAAAGAGGAGUCUGAUGCAAAAGCAACGAGAGAAAAUAUGGAGAAAACAUCCAAUGAUGGAAGUGAAGAUGCCAUCUUGAAAACAAACAAAAAACAUUUGGUUCAUUCAGAUGAAGAUGCUAGAGAAAUUGGCGAUGAGAGUGGCUUGGAUUUGUUUGAUAAAAGAAACACAAGCAUCGACUUUGAGAUUCUUGAAGGUGGUAAUGAAUUGAAAAAGAACACUGUGGAUGACAAUGAAGAUGUCAUGUCACUUCCUGGUUUCAGACAUGCACCAUUGGAUUCAGACAAUGUUAAAGUCACCUCUAAAACCGAUAGAAAAACACCAUCUAGAGAGGAUGUUUUGGAAGAUGAGAAGAUCUGGGAAAAGAUAGGGGCAAUGAGGGCGAUUGUGGGAUACAAAGCACCAAGUGAAGCAACAUUUAUGGAGGAACUAAAGGCUCUGUAUGUGUUCACUGGUGUGGAGCCACCAGCAUCUUUUAAAGGGGAUUCAGAUUCAGACAGAGAUGAAGUGAAUGCCAAGCUCAAGUUCCUCAUGUCCAUUGUUGGGGUCAAGUAACUUAAGUGUCUUCAAGAUAAUCUGCGCUUUCUUGAACUAAUGAGUCUUUAUUCUUGUUGCUUUGGUUUGGUCUUGAGAAUUUAGUUGGUUUGUUUGAAGAGCU